AUGGACAAACUAUGCGAAAAGUUUAGCUUCAAGCAAUAUAAAUCGUCCAAGUAUAAUGUUGCAGCGAAUGGGUUGGCAGAAGCAUUCAACAAGACGUUAUGCAACUUAUUGAAGAUACUGGUCUCCAAAACAAAAAGAGACUGGCAAGAGAAGAUCAGUGAGGUGUUAUGGGCCCAUCGAACUACUCAUCGUGCUCCUACAGGAGCUACGCCAUACUCUUUAGUUUAUGGUGUAGAAGCUAUCCUUCCAUUGGAGAGAGAAAUUCCAUCACUACAAAAGGUCGUGCUAGAAGGUUUGACCAUUGAAGACAAUGCAAAAUUACGCCUUCAAGAGUUAGAAGCACUUCACGAAAAGAGACUUGAUGCGCAACAAAUAUUGGAAUGCUAUCAGACUCGAAUGACCAAAGCUUCAAUAAAAAUGUUCGGCCUCGGUCAUUUCAGGUUGGUGAUAUGGUGCUUGUUGUUCGAAGACCUAUCAUCACGACGCGUCACACAUGGAAUAAGUCCACACCUAAAUGGGACGGACCCUACAUCAUCAAAUAAGUCUACACAAAUGGAGCGUAUAAGAUCAUUGAUAAAGAUAGAUUGA